AUGCCGCAAUCCUCCGUCCCUAUCGCAGAGAAGGACAUGAUGAAGCGGGACCCUGCCCAAGACAUCGAGUUCAACGGUGGGCUCGCGCCGGCUCCCUCUCAGAUGGGCGAAUGUCAGGACACCACCCAGGAUGCUAUUUUCGGCGAAAUUAGCGAGGACGGACCCAACUACCGCAGCGUUGGGUGGAUCGGCACCGUCGCUCUGAUGAUGAAGACCCAGAUCGGACUCGGUGUUCUUUCCAUUCCUGCUGUCUUUGACACGCUCGGAAUCGUGCCUGGGGUUAUCUGCUUAUGCGCCGUAUCUGCCAUCACCACUUGGUCAGACUAUAUCGUUAGCGUCUUUAAACUUCGCCAUCCAGAAGUUUACAGUAUUGAUGAUGCAGGCUUUUUGAUGUUUGGCCGCAUUGGGCGAGAAUUCUUGGGCAUUGCAUUCUGUCUCUACUUCAUCUUUGUGGCCGGAUCCGGAAUGUUAGGCAUCUCUAUCGGGGUGAACUCUUUGUCAGCUCAUGGCGCAUGCACUGCUAUAUUCGUCGCUGUCGCCGCUAUCAUCGGUUUCUUAUUCGCCAGCAUUCGCACACUGGGCCGCAUAAGUUUCCUUGCGUGGCUUGGGCUGAUUUGCAUUCUUGCUUCUAUCUUUGUCGUCACCAUUGCCGUUGGUAUCCAAGACCGACCUGACGCUGCGCCCCGGGAAGGUUCCUGGGAAUCCGACUUCAAAAUCACCAACAACCCAUCGUUUACCGAAGCCAUCUCGGCAGUGUCUGCGCUCGUCUUUGCCUACGCCUGCACUCCGGCUCUCUUCUCUAUCGCUUCUGAAAUGCGCGAGCCUCAGCAUUUCACUCGGGCACUGCUGGUAUGCCAGGGUGCCGUAACUGCAAUCUACAUUGCUAUUGGCUGCGUGGUCUACUAUUUCUGCGGCUCUUACGUUGCUACGCCUGCUCUGGGCUCGGCUGGCGUAACUGUCAAAAAGAUUGCUUAUGGCUUGGCUCUCCCGGGUUUGAUAGCCACUACUACUCUUAUGAUCCACUUUGCGGCCAAGUACACGUUUGUCCGUAUCUUGCGCGGAUCUAGGCACCUUGCUUCCAACAGUGCCAUCCACUGGGGAACCUGGCUCAGUUGCACUCUCGGGACUACAAUCAUCGCAUAUCUCAUCGCCAGCGGCAUUCCAGUGUUUGGUGGACUUGUUUCCCUGAUUGGGGCUCUGCUUGGCACGCUUAUGUCAUUUCAGCCGAUGGGCUGUAUGUGGCUCUAUGACAACUGGACCGCAGGAAGAAAGAACCCCUCAGUUUGGUGGGCUCUCAUGGUCGUCUGGAGUGUCUUCGUGAUCAUCUCUGGUACCUUUUUGAUGGUUGGCGGCACUUACGGCUCUGUUGUUGGCAUUGUCGAUUCGUACGAGAGCUCUGGAGGAUCGGUCCCGUGGUCUUGCGCUGAUAACUCGAACUCAGUUUAG